GGGUUUGUUGACAUGCGAGUGGCGGUGAGUGGGUGAAGAUCCAAGCACUGCUGCCGGUUAGGGGAAGGCAUCGCUGGUAAAUUGGCCAGGAGUGCGGUGAGAGGUGUGCAGCAGGAAGAGGAGAGGCUUGAGGUGCAGAGGAGAGGCGUCAGGAGAGGCAGGAGGCGGUGCAGGUGACGGGACAAAGCUGAAGUGACUGGUGGGGAGAGUGUUAUCGUCUCUACACGCUUGCUAUUUGAAGUGAUGUGGCGUGGGAGAGGCGGAGGUGGAGGAAGAGGAGGUGGAUUCCGAGGUGGUCGUGGUGGUGGUGGUGGAGGAGGAGGUUUCCGUGGUAAUUGGGGUGGCAACAGGUUCGACCAGGGACCCCCAGAUGAGGUGGUGUCGUUUGGGUCAUUCAUGCACACGUGCCAGGGCGACUUGGUGUGCCGCGUGGUGCACCGUGACGUGCCACAUUUCAACGCCCCCAUCUACCUGGAGAACAAGGAACAGAUUGGCAAAGUGGAUGAGAUCUUUGGCACAGUGAUGGAGAAGUUUGUGUCGGUGAAGCUUGAGGAACAUAUCAAGGCUGCUUCCUUCAGCCCUGAUUCUAUGAUCUACAUCAACCCAGCCAAGCUGCUCCCACUGGACAUGUUCCUGCCGGGUAAGCAGAGGGGCCGUGGCCGGGGCCGUGGCGGUGGUGGUCGUGGUGGUGGCAGCCGGGGUGGCAGGGGUGGUGGAGGCCGAGGAGGGAGAGGUGGAGGAUUUGGCAGAGGAGGAGGAGGAGGAGGAGGAGGAGGAGGAGGAGGAGGAUUUGGAAGAGGUGGUGGUGGUGGUUUUGGUAGGGGUAGAGGAGGUGGUGGUGGUUUUGGUCGAGGUGGUGGUGGUGGUUUUGGUUUUGGGAGGGGAGGUAGAGGAGGUGGUGGCAUUUCGAAGAGGUACUGAGUGUGAGUGGAUUUACCUAAUUGUAAUUUUUACACAGUUGAGUCAAGCUUAUGACAUUACAUCUUUUGAUAACAAAAUGUUUUUCAUUCACACACUGCUUUCACUUUUCAUUUUCCUCUUCUCUUGUUAAGUUUAUUAGUAUGUCCUCUUUUUUGUUGGGUGUAUUUGUGUGUGUAUUGGCAUGUGUGUGGGGAUGGAAUUAUUUCAGAAUGUGUCUUUAUCAAUUCCAAACAGAAUCCUUUCAUGGUAUUGUCAUCAUAUCUUGUUUUUAAUCUUAAGUUUUCCCAUAUAAUGUGAUGAGCAAUAUUUUAAGAGAAAGCUUGUCCACAGUGCCCUAUUUAAUUAUUAUGGUGCUUCCACAUAAUCUUUGUUGUGGUGGUAGCAUCGUAACUAUACAUUUACAAUACCGAUUAUGACGAAGACAAAAUGUUGCUUGUUUCAUUCAGAUCUCCUUUGUCAGUGAGCUUCACAAGCAGAGUUAAAUGUUUUCCUGUAACCUUUAGUUCUUAGAUCUGCUGAUUGGCUCAGGGCAAAAUGUGACAGUUAGUAGGUUCUCAGCAGAUUGAAGGACUUCUGAUUACCAGAAAAUAAUAAAACAGUACAGGUCAAAGCCACAUGUUACUCUA